AUGGAAACUUCGAUUCCUUAUCAAGAAAUCGAACUCUUUAAAAAAGAAGGAAUUUGCUCAGUUAAAUCUUAUUUUGAUUCAAAUUAUAUUGCAUUUCUCACCAAGGAUGAUAUAUUUAUCCAUGAUUCAUCAUUAAUUGACUUUCCAUUUGUGUCAAAUUACCAGCGUGAUGAAGAAUCUAUUCAAAAAUAUGGACAAAAUCAUUGGAUUCAAUGGAUUGAUAAGGAAAAUAUUGCAUAUGGAACAUGUGCAGGAACAAUUUUCCAUCAAAAAAUCGAUUCUGAAGGCCAAUUUCUUGAACCAACAGUAAUUUCUAUCGAAAAAAUCAUAGUAUCAACAUUUAUUGCUAAAAAUUUACUCGGAAUCUGUACAUCUACUUCCGAAAUAUUUUUAUAUGAUCCACAAAGAAAAAUUAAGCAAAAAAUUCAGUUACCACCCGAAAUAGGUGCCAUCAAGAACCCCAUGUUUCAAGAACCGUAUACUCUUUACGGACUUGCAAAUAAUAGACCGAUUAAUUUUCAAAUUAAACCAGAAAUAAUACAAGGAAAAGCUCCAUUACAAGUUACAAGUAUCAAUUGUCCAAAUAUUUCUGAAAUUUGCUAUCAUCAAAACUCAACAUUCGCUGGAUGCAUAAAAAACGACAAUUCAGUUCAUAUCGCGCUCAAAGGAUACGAAGAGAACUCGACAGUCAUACUUAAAGUCGAAGAUUCCAAGUCAGAAAUCAUUGGCCACACAUUUUUAAAUAAUGGAACUUCAUAUGCUACUUUUCAUCGAAAUGGAUUAUUACGCAUAUGGAAUUCCAUUACAGGAUCAAUAAAUAACAUUACUAUCAACUCAAUUAAAGAUUGUACGUCAUUUUGUCUUGAUAAAACAAAUCAACAGCUAAUUCUAGUCUCAAAUGAAGGAGUUAAGUCAAUACAGUUCAUAACAUUCAAAUGCGAAUACGGAUUUACUCCCAGAGCUGUUUUUAACAUAUUUUCCAACGAAAAAAUUUUUGAUAUCUCAAGUGAUGACACAGCUAAGCUAUUUUUCCCAUUGAGUAAUGCCGUAGUAUACAAAGACGUCCUUCUUUUAUGCAAUAAAAAAGGUUUUGCCACGUAUAGAAAAAAUGAAUUGUCAGAAGUCGUUCAAAUGGAAGUUUUGCACUCAACAAUCAUCAUGGACACGAUUGUUAUUGUCUCCUACAGCAAAGACAUGUACGGAUAUUACGUUGCAUUUUUUGAUUUUCAUUGUAAUGAGCUUGGCUGGUUCCCUUUAUCUCAUGCAGCCUUAACAAUGCAUGUAUGUAAUAAUAAGAUCGUUCUCUCCGCGAACACGAAGUUCUCUGUCAUUAAAUUGUCCAAUGAACCCAUUGAUACGAAAUUCAUCACCAGAAAAGAUGAAAAAAUCUACAUAAACAUUAAAACAACGAACGUAACAAACCAGAUACAAGAUGCUCUGGCAACAAAGAGAUCGAAGGCCGUUGUUUUUAAUGUAGACGGAUCAGUAAUAAUCCAAACAACUAAAGAACAAUUAGCAACAAGAUGUUCUAGAAUUUGGUUCGUGACAAAAAGUGACAUGUUGGUCAUUCAAAAACCAUGUCAAUAUAUUGUUAUGUUUAAUGGAUCGUUGUUUCCGUUUAAUGGAUCUGUUUUAUUCUCAGAUGGCUAUUGUUUUUAUAACUUUUUGCCUGAUAUUCAAUUUGGAAAAAUUAUUUUGAGGAAAGAGGUUGUUAUACCACAUUUGUUGAUGCCAUCAGUUGAUAGUGAUGAAAACUUUGAAAUGGCGCUUGAACAUUUCGAUGGUUGUCCAGAUUUAUCAACAUUUUUGGCUGAUACUUUAUUAUAUUCAGACCAAGUCAAGAAAUUCUCAUUAACACUUAAGAGAUUCUGUAAUUUAGGAGACAAACUAUUACAAUCUCAGAUUUUUUCAAAAUGUUUAUCCAAAUUUGAAAAUUCUCAAUUAGAUGAGUUUAUGAUGACAAUAGAUGUAUUCGCUGUAUUCAAGAAUCUAUCCCAACCAGCUCAAAUAGUUAUUCUUAAUAAAUCAAAUCCGAAAUUGUUUUGUGAGCUUGUAAAACAAGGAAUUGGCUACUUCCAAAAGCCACAUGAAGAUUUCCUAGCUCCUGUUGUAAAUAUGCUUCAAAAAUAUGAAGUUAGCAAAGCAAUUAGGUUAAUUGAACUAUUUGACCUAGAUAUUCCAAAGAUUUGUGAACAGGUGAACUUCCCUGCCAUCAAACUUGAAUCUAUGCUGAAAUAUGUUUAUUUGGAUGUUAAUUCUUUUUCAGAAUAUUCUCUUCCUUCUGUUGUUAAUUUCAUUUGCGCUUCCCUUAUAGGAGUUAAUAAACAGAACUUUGCGCUAUCAAUUCUCUUGUCAACUGGCAAUUUUAGGAAGGCUUCAUCGAUUUUAUCGAUUAAUGAUGAUCUUCUGUCAGAAAUCAAGACCAUUAAGAUAUCUAACGAUAACUUAAUGAAGACUAUCGAAAAUACUCUUUCCCUCAUAUAA